UCCUCAGAAGACCCCUCUGCACCGAGCGCUGACCAAGGAUUAUCAAAAUCCUCCACGAGAUCCUCCGCUCAAAGCAAGCUGGCGCCUUUCCCUUCAUCCCCCUUCCAUCUCCUCCCGCUCAGCUCCCGCCACGUCGAGCAGCUCCUCGUCCAGACCCUUGGCGACGCCGGCGGCGACCCCCGCCUCCCCCUCCGGUUCUUCAACUACCUCGGCCUCCACCUGCGCUUCAAUCACUCGGCCCUCUCGUUUUCGAUCCUGAUCCAUUCUUUAAUCGGAUCCAACCUCCAUUGGCCCGCCUGCUCUCUUGCCCAGACCCUGAUCUCACGCCCUGUCACUCCGCGCGAAGCGUUCGAGAGCCUGUGGAAGUCGAGGGAGCUUUGUAGGGUUUCGUCGUGUCUAGGGUUCGAUUUCUUGAUUCAGGCUUAUGUGCAGAGCAGGAGGUUUCUGGACGCUUUUAGGGUUCUUAAUCUGGCAGUGGAAUCAAAAGUGGUUCUUGAAGCUCGGACCUUUAGCGAUGUGAUGAAGGGAUUGGUGAAAAUCGGGAAGUUCGAAUGGGCGGCAGCGGUGUUUGAUGAGGUAAUUAGGGUUGGAAUUAAGCCUGAUGCUUUCAUUUAUACUUCGGCGAUAAAGAGUUAUUGUGAGCUGAAGGAUUUGGGUAGGGCUAGAGAAUUGAUUUCGAGGAUUGAGAAGGAUGAGCCUAGUUGUUCCAGUGUUGUGAUUUAUAAUGUUUUCAUUCAUGGGUUGUGCAAGAAUGGGAGGGUGUUUGAAGCGAUUGAGGUGAAGAGGUCUUUGAAAGAGAAAGGUUUGAGAGCUGAUGAGGUUACUUAUUGUACAUUGGUGCUUGGGAUUUGUAGAGCAGAGGAUUUUGUUAAGGGGAAAGAAUUGUUGGAUGAGAUGAUGGGCGUGGGUUUGGUUCCGACUGAAGCUGCUUCAUCUUCGGUGGUUGAUGGAUUAAGGAGAAAGGGGAAGAUUGAGGAGGCUUUUAACUUGGUUAGCAGCUUGGGGAAGAUUGGGAUGAUCCCUAAUUUGUUUGCUUACAAUGCAUUGAUUAAUUCGUUGUGUAAAAGUUUGAAAUUUGAUGAGGCUGAAUUGCUCUUUGUGAAGAUGAGAGAGAAGGGUCUUUCACCAAAUGAUGUUACUUAUUCUAUUCUAAUUGAUUCCUUGUGUAAACAAGGGAAGUUGAAUGAUGCCCAUAGGUUGUUUGAUAGAAUGAGAGGAGAGGGAAUAAGGGCUACAAUUUACCCGUAUAAUUCUUUACUAAAUGGGCAUUGCAAAUGGGGGAUGUUGACUGAGGCUGAAGCUCUGUAUCAAGAGUUAAUAGAUAAAGGGCUGAAGCCAAAUGCAGCGACUUAUACUACCUUGAUAAGUGGAUAUUGCCGGCAAGGAGAUUUGAAUAGUGCUCUUAAGCUUCAUCUGCAAAUGCCUGAGAUGGGUGUCAAAUGGAACACACACACUUUUACUGCACUUAUCAGUGGUUUUUGUCGGGCCAAAUUGAUGGUAAAAGCUACUAAGUUCUUUCAGGAAAUGAUUGACCAGAAUAUAAUGCCAAAUGAAGUGACUUACAAUGUCAUGAUAGAAGGAUACUGCAUGAUCGGGGAUACAAGAAAAGCUUUUGAGCUAUAUGAUGCAAUGAAUGAAAAGGGUCUCAUGCCAGAUAACUAUACUUUCAGGCCUCUAAUAACUGGUUUGUGUACAAGUGGUAGAGUUAAUGAAGCCAAGGAGUUCGUGGACGAUUUACAUAUUGAGCAUCAUGUGGUGAAUAAAAUGAGUUUUAGUGCUCUUCUGCAUGGAUUAUGCAGAGAAGGAAGAGUGCACGAUUCUUAUAAGUUUUGUAGAGAGAUGGUUGAGAGAGGAGUGGAGAUGGAUCUUAUAUGCUAUAGCAUCCUCAUUUAUGGAGGUCUGUACCAUCAGUAUACAGCUGGAGCCCAUUCGCUGUUGAAGGAGAUGGCUGAUAGGGGAAUCAAGCCAGAUAAUGUAUUGUAUACUAAUAUAAUUUAUGCAUGUUCCAAAUUAGGGAAGCUAAAAGAAUCCUUCGGUAUUUGGAGUAGAAUGGCCAGUGAGGGUUUUGUUCCAAAUGUUGUCACAUAUACUGUACUUAUAAAUGGAUUGUGUAAAGCAGGACUUUUACACAAAGCAGAGUUGCUUUGUAAAGAAAUGUUGGUCUCUGCAUUGCUUCCUAAUGAAGUUACUUUUGGUUGUUUUCUCGACCGCUUGGCUAGAGAGGGGAACAUGGAUGAGGCUAUAAAACUGCAUAAGGCUAUGCUCAGAGGAUUUCUAGCAAACACCGUUACUUACAACAUACUAAUAAAUGGCUUCUGCCGAGUGGGAAGAAUUCAUGAUGCAGUCAAUCUCAUUGCUGACAUGAGAGAGAAUGAUGUUGCUCCUGAUCACAUAAGCUACUCUACACUUAUCAAUGAAUACUGCAGAAUGGGUGAUCUGAAGGAAGCUUUUAAGCUGUGGGAUGAGAUGCUGACUUCAGGGGUGAAGCCUGAUACACUGGCGUACAAUUUUUUGAUACAUGGUUGUAGUGUAAAUGGAGAGACAAGAAAGGGUUUUGCACUGUAUGAUGAUAUGGUUAGAAGUAGUCUAAAGCCAAACUGGGCUACUUAUGGUUCUUUGCUUCAUGGAAUUUGUUCGGAGGCUAGCAUGAGAGGAUCAACACUAUUAACGAGAUAAUGACGAAAAAAAUUGUCAAUGCUUGCAUCACAACUUCAAUUGAUUUGGUCGUAAGUGCAUUUCAGGUCAAUGGGCUGGAAGUCUGCAGCGAGGGACGUACAACAUGGAUCACUAAUAGGAAGGGUUCAAAGAAAAUCCCAACUGAAAAAUGUGAUUUAUGAAUCUUAGGUUGAACCAUUCAUUAUGGGAGGUACUGACCAAAAGUAGGCUAUGGAAAUAGGAGCGCUGAUGAUUGUUGCUGCUUGAGACAAUUGGCCAAUCUAUUGAACUUGAUGAUCUCAACCAAAUGAUUGACACAUAUUGUGGUCUAAUUUGGUGAUUUGUUCAAUUUUGUUUUUGAUGGGAAGCCAUGCGAUGCCCUUGCUGGAAGCAAUUUACACGCUGAGAUGGUCUAGGGCUAAG